UUUGAGCGGUGGCUGGCUGUUGGUAUUGUAGCUGUUGUUUUUUAUGAGACGCGUUUAACGAACAAUUUGCAAUUACAAAAAAUUAAUUACACAAUCCACAAUUAAACAAUUAAUUAUCAGAAUCAAAGCAUAAUCUGUGCUGUGUUUGGGAUUAAAUCUGGACACCGACACCGUACAACCUAAUUAUCCUAAUAACAAAGAAUAAUUAACUUUGUACUCGCAAGCAUGCAACGCGCAACGGUUGGGAUGAGAGGAUUUCCGAGAGGAGGAGGGCGAGGAUCUAUUAAAUCUCGACUAGGUGUGUCACCUGGGGGCGGAAUAGGUCGUAGAAAUGUAAGAAUUGUUCAAAGAACAGCAGGAAUCCAGCGACGACUGGGGGGCAUGGGUGGUGGAUCAGUAGCUAUCUCUCCUCUCUCAGCUCGAGCAGUUGGGAUAAAGGCUCGACUUGGUGGUCGUGGUGGUACUGGGGCUGGUAUUCGAGGAAGAAGAAGCGUUGCUGCUCUCGCCAUUGGUGAAGUUCUUCUCGAUGCUCGACAAAAGAUAAACUUGAGCAGAGUCCAGACCGGGAGGAUAGGGGAUGCUCGGCAGAAGAUUGAAGAAAAAAGGAGGAAGAAUUCCAUAGGCGACGGACGAAUUAGAAAUUUGCGAAUCAUCACUCCCACUGCUGAUCAUUAUAAUAACGGCAGAGGAGAUACUAUGUCUGGUGGUAUGAGCAUGCGACCUCAAUCUCAUCCUCAACAAGGUCUAAUUAGUCGCUCAGAACGGGAAUCAAUGGGUUAUGAAGGUGUUUUUAGAUCUGCUGCUCCGGACCCGUAUGCCUAUAAUGUUAUGCGUGAAGCACCCAUGAUGGCUCCUCCAAGUCGGAUAACUAGGUCGGGUGCUGGUGGUGGUUAUCCUCCAGGAAUACGAAUUGCACCAUCCCAAGAUGAUUUUGUACUUACGAGAACGAUAAGAAAUCCUACAGCUUCCUCUGCCUAUGGGGGUGGAGGAGGAGGGAUGAGAAGUGAUUAUAUCGGCAGGUCUCCCCCACAAGGUGUGGCAAGAGUGGCUCCCAGCAUCCAGUACGCAUCUCAUAGCUCUUACAAUAGGAGUUCACUUCGUGAGCAGCCGAUGGACAUGGAUGACGACAUGUAUGAUGCGCCACCCCCUCCUCCAAGGCGACAAGAAUAUUCAGUAGAUUCUCAGUGUAGAAUACUCGUUUCUAAUUUACAACCCUCCGUCACAGCGGACGAUAUUGUCGAACUCUUCAGUGAUAUCGGACCACUGACGGACUGCAGAAUGACCGCUUCAGGACAAGCAGAAGUGAGUUAUAGCAGGAAGUCUGAUGCUUUGAAAGCAAUUGAAGCAUACCAUAACAGAUUACUAGAUGGGUCGGCAAUGAGGGUAUUUUUAGAUGCUUCCCCUCCAUCGCGUCCAUCCAUGUCAAAUUCUGGGUCAUACACUGCAUUAAAAUCUGCAUCUGGAGCGUCAAUAAAGUUGCCCGCUGGCAAAAAGGAUUUCAUAAAGAUUCAGCCAGAUAUUGGAGCAAUUCACAAAGUCCUCUUUAAUCCCGGAUCAAGUGCAACUCGUGGUUUAUUUAAAGGGGGACAGUAAAAAAAAAGUAGAGCGAGAUGCAGAUCGAGGAUGGUGUGCAACAGCAAUUUUUAACCUUGUAAAUUCAACCACGAUUAGUUCGUCUUUAGAUUUUUACAUUAUAGAUGUAAGAAUGUUACAAUGAUGAUGAUCUACGAAUGUUUUUUGCUACUCAUUUUUCAAGAUUGAUACGAUUUGUGAAAAUGUUGGAUAUGAUGUACAUUUAUUAGUUAACUUAACUUAUCCCCAUUUGAAAUUGAGUGAAAUGUGUGUGCAAUUUCUAAUUAACUAAAAUAAAAGUUGCUUACUAUUUAAUCACAACAUGUAUGUUAAUCAGUUACUACGCAUAUGUAGGUAUGUAUGUAUCUAUAUGCAAAUGGAUAGCUUGCAUAAUAUUACGAGCUGCAUGCCUAAAUUGUUCUUUUUAUAGCAUUAGAAAAUUGACAUUUCUUGAAAUAAAAACAAGACGUUUGUA